AGGAGGGGACAGAGCCAGGCCGGUUCAGCACUAGGCUUUUCUCUGCAGACCUGGAGGCUGCAGCUGAGACUGAAAACACCAGUCUGAGCUCCUGUAAGACAUCAGGUUCUCUGGGGCUGGCCACCUCCCAGGGCAGGACUGUGGGGAGCUAACUGGCCGAAGACUUGGGGAACCAAGCUGCAGCAGCUGAGCCGAGAACCACCUCUGUGCAAGAAAAAACAAACAGACCACUUUACUUUCCAUCCUGCCACCGGAGGCAGCCACAUCCUCCUCACAAACCCCCCGGCUCCCAUGGAGGCUUCAGCCGUGGAGCUGGACCUCCAGCGGAGCGUGCAGGCUGUGCUUCGGCAGCUCAGAGCCCAGGCCCCCGACCUACAGAGCAGCCAAGGCAUGUGGAGGUGGUCUCUGCACAAGAAGGUCGACAGAGAUCCGGGGAAGAGUCCGGCACUGGUCCGCAUUCUGCUCAGAGAACUGGAGAAGGCGGAAAGCGAGGACACUCGGCAAGUCGUCAUUCCCUUGCUGCACACUCUAAUGUACGUGCUCACUAAGGCCACAGGCAUCCCAGAGGAGCUCUACCAGAGGACCUACACCCUUUGCAUGCGGUUACUGACACUGCCCUCCCCCUACUGCACAAUCGCCCUGGACUGUGCCAUACGGCUGAAAACUGAGACAGCUGCUCCAGGGACGCUGUACCAAAGGCUGGUCAUUGCCGAGCAGAACUUGAGGAGUGAACUGUAUCCCUACCAGGAGAGAGUGCUCCUCUUCGUGGAUCCUGAGCUGGUGUCUCCCUCCGUGUGCAGUGCGCUGCUGCUGGAGAUCGAGGCUGCACAGAUCCAGCAGACGCCCGAGGCUUGCAUGCGCCAUGUGGUCUCCCACACCCUGCAAGCAGCCCUGGGGGAGGCCUGCCGCACAGAAGCUCUGCAAAGGAAGCUGAAGGCCAGCCCCCGUCGCGCCCUGGAACGCUACUUCCACGCCGUGGUGGCAGCAGUGGAACAGAUGGCUAGCGAGCCCAGCUCGAGCCGAGUGGGACACCUGGAGAGGCUGGAGGAGAUUUACUGCUCGCUGCUGGGGCCAACGGCGGCCGCCAGGGGGCGCUGCGGAGGUGACCCCCUCCAAGACCGGCCACCGAACAUCCCCCUGCCCAGCCCGCACAUCACCUUGCACCUGUGGACUGAUGAGGAGCAGCUCUGGAAGGAACUGGUACUCUUCCUGCGCCCGAGGUCCCUGCUGCGCCUCAGCGCUGACCUGGAGGCCUUGGAUCUGCAGGGCCUCCUGCCAGACCGGACGCUGGCCCGGGAGUCCGUGCUGUCCACGGACAGUGGCAUUGAGCGGGACUUUCCUCUGGGGGCCGAGGAGCCGCCCACGACCGGCAGCCCGGAGAUGGAGCACGCCGGACUGCAGCGCAAAGGGGGCAUCAAGAAGCGGGUGUGGCCCCCGGACAUCUUGAUGCCCGGCAGCUGGGAUGGGCCCCCGGGGCUGCACCGGAGGACGGGCAGGCCCAGUGGGGAUGGAGAACUGCUGCCCGGUGUCUCCCGGCUGCACACGGCCCGGGUGCUAGUGCUGGGCGACGACCGGAUGCUCGGGCGCCUGGCCCGGGCCUACCACAGCCUCAGGAAACGGGAGACCCAGAUGUUCUGCCUCACCCCACGACUGAGCCUGCAGCUCUACUACAUCCCUGUGCUGACGCCUGAGACACUGGCAUCGUCCAGGCACUCGGAGCUCGGAGAGCUGGCUGCCUUCCUGGGCCGGGCAGACCCGUGGUACGAGAGCACCAUCAAUACCCUGUGCCCGGCCAUCCACAAGCUGGCAGAGAUGCCUCCCUCCCUGGACACAUCCCGGAAUGUAGACCCCUUCAUCCUCGAUGUCAUCACCUACUAUGUUCGCAUGGGCACCCAACCCAUCUAUUUCCAGAUCUACAUGGUCAAGAUCUUCUUCAGUGACCUGAGCCAGGACUCUGCAGAGGACAUUUUCCUCACCGAGCUGAAGGUGAAGAUCCAAGAAUCCAAAUUCCCCAAAGAUGUUUCCUCGCCCAGGAGGAGGGGUGCAGUCGAGAGCCCUGGGGCUGAGCUCUCCCUAGGCUACCAGAAGGCCCUGCUCAGCCACCGGACCCGAGAGGUUACCAUUUCCCUGAGGGCCACUGGGCUGGUUCUGAAGGCCCUUCCAGCCAGGGACACUGAUGACCACACGUGCCUGAAUGUUAGCGUGACGGAGGUUGUCAAGUCCUCCAACUUGACAGGAAGGUCCUUCUCCACAGUGACAAACACCUUCCGGGCAGCCAACAUCCAGAUCCAGAGCCAAGACCAGAGGCUGAUGACGCUGGUGCUGGACAAGGACAAUCGGCGCACUUUCAGGGAUGUGGUCAGAUUCGAGGUUGUUCCCUGCCCAGAGCCAUGUUCCGGGGCCCAGAAGUCCAAGGGGCUCUGGCUCAGCUCACACCAGCAGGAGAUGGAAAGGACCAGAGCCAAGCCCAAGCCCCUUCUAAUGCCCAUCAACACGUUCUCCGGCAUUGUCCAGUGAGCCUGAGGGUACAGCAGAAGUACUGAGUCUGAGAGCCUCGAGCCCAAGAAGAAGGAUACACUACCCUACCAGUCCCAAAUACUCACACCUCUGGCCGGAGCAAGGCCGGGCUACCCUGGACAGUUUCCAGCCCUGACCAGGAGCCAGCGAGUGCCCAGAGCACAAGGCAGCUGGCGGUGAGGGGUGAUGGAGCAGGGCCCACUGGAAGGCCCAAGGAUGUCCCCGGCACAGCUGCGCACACACACAAAGCCCAGCUCCUUGCACAAAGGUCUGCUCCUUCAUUGAUUUUCAGUUCCCACCUCUCCCACUCAAGCUCCCACAAAGCCCUUAAAACCAAAGUGACAGCUGCUGUUUUGGCCAGGGGCCUGUGUCCUGGGGGGAAAUGGGAAGUAGACAAAGGCAACUACACCUCCUCCUCCUCCCAAGUUUGCUCCCUUCCCUGACUCCAGCCUCUACCCACCCCCACCCACUCCCAGGCAGGCUUCUCUCCCCGGUGAGAGGAAAGUGUCAGAUUCAAUAAAUGCACACUAAAGUGUUUCUGCUUUUAUCUAA